AUGGAGAAUGGUUCUGCUGCUAAAAGACAAAAAACUCAUCAACCACUAAGUUUUAAACCUGGUGGUUUAAAAUAUGUUAAAGUAUGGAAUUUUACAACUUAUUCAUUUGCUGAAUUUAAUUUAUCACCAACUUUAAAUAUGAUUAUCGGUCCAAAUGGUUCUGGUAAAUCAACUUUGGUUGCAUCAAUUUGUAUUGGUUUAGCUGGUAAUAUAAAUUUAAUUAAACGUAAAAAUUUAAAAUCAAUGAUUAAAACUGGUCAUGGUAGAGCUACUAUAGAAAUUACAAUUGAAAAUUUUGAUAAUAAACCUCCAAUUAUUAUAAAGAGAGAAUUUUCUGCAAAAGAUUCAGUAUGGACAAUUAAUAAUCGUAAAAGUACCGAAAAGGAAGUUAAAGAAUUAUGUAAAAAAUUUAAUAUUCAAUUAGAUAAUUUAUGUCAUUUUUUACCACAAGAAAGAGUUGCUGAAUUUGCAGGCUUACAACCAGAUAAAUUAUUAUUGGAAACUGAAAGAACUUUAGGUGAUGGUCAUUUAUUAAAAAUGCACGAAGAUUUAAUUGAUAAAGAUGCUGCUAGUCAAGAAUUAGGUAAGAAAAUUGAUGAUACCCAACAAAAACUAGAUGCUUUAAAUCAAGAAAGAGCAAAAUUGGAAGAAGAUGCUAGAAAAGUUGAAGAAUAUGAAGCAAAAGCAAAACAAAUUAAUGAUCAUAAAUUAUUAAUUCCUUAUGCUAAAUAUAGUGAUUUGAAAAAGACUCAAUCUCAUUUAAAACAACAAAGAGAUCAAGCUAAAAAUAGAUUAAAAUCUUUUGCUAAAAAUUAUGAACAAUUAAAUGAAGAUAAAGAAGAAAUUGAAAAUCAACAUUCAAUAGAAAGAAAAGAAUUAUAUAAAAAAGAAAAGGAAUUACAAGAUGUUGUAAGAGAAGUUGAAAAAUACAAAAAUGACCAAAAGGAAUUAAAGAAUAAUAUUAUGGAAUUAACUUCAAAUGCAGCUCAAUAUAGAAACAAAGCAGAACAAAAGAAAUGUGAAUUGAUACAGAAUCAAGAAGAAUUGGCCAGAUUGAUUGAAAAGAAGGAUAGUAUUCGAAUAGUUGAUAAAGAAGAAAUUGAAAACCUACAUCAAGAAAUGACCAAGAAAAGAAGUUCAAUGAGAGAAGAUGAAGAUGAAAUAAACGUAAUACGAAAUACACUAGAAGAGUUGAAUGGUGAAAUUAAAAAGUUGAAAGAGAAAAUUGAUAGAGAAAAUAGAGGACUUCAAAGUAAUGAUAAAUUGGAUAUUUUAAUGAGACGUAGUGAUAAGCCCAUGAGAUUGCGUGACGAAUCUUAUACAGCUCAUAAAAAAUUAAGAGAAAAACCUGAAAUCGCAGAUAAAUAUUUUGAAGCUCCAGUUAUAUCGUGUGAAGUUAAAGAUAGUAGUAUAGCACCAGCUUUAGAAAAAGUUAUUGAAAAUGGUGCCUUAUUUGCAAUCACAGUUACUUCAAAUGAAAAUCAGCGGUUAAUAAAUAGAGCUCAAGAUCAUUAUAAUUGGAAUAUAUCAACAAGAGCAGUUUCAUCAAUAGUUAAACCAAGAAAUGAUUUAUCAAAAGAGGAACUAAGAAAAUAUAAACUUGAAGGUUACUUAUCUGACCAUAUAACUGGACCUCCCGAAGUUUUGUCAAUGAUAUACAAUAAUUCAAAAAUUGAUAGAAUUCCAUAUACAAAUAGAAUUUUAACUCCAGAAGAACUUGAAAAAAUAAUAAAAGAAACUUCUUUUACAAAGCUUGUAACUGGAGAUGUGGUACAUACAAUUAGAAAAUCAUACUAUGGUAAUAAACAAGUAGUUAGACAAACUGAAAUAAUACCACCAUCACAAUUUUUUUCAGUUCAAGGUUUGUCACCAGAUGAUAAAGAUCGUAUAAAUGAAACAAUUAAUGAAUAUUUAAAAGAAAUUGAAGAAAAGGAGAAAGAAUUUCAAAAACUUAAAAUCAAAAAUACUAAUUUACAAUCGAAAAGAGCUGUAUUGAAAAAUGAAUUUGAUGAACUUAAAAGUCAACAUCAAGAGUUGAAAAAAUUGACAGAUGAUAUAACUCAUUUAGAAUCAAAGAUUGAAUUAAAGAAAAGUAAAAUUGAAAAAUUAGAACAAGAUUCAAAUAAAGAUUAUACUCAAAGAAUAAAAGCAUAUGAAAAAAGAAUUAUAGAAAAAUACAAUUCCAUUUCAGAAAUAAGUAAAAAAUUAUCUAGCAUUGUUUCAAAAUCAUCAAAAUUAGAAACUGAAAUUGUAUUUAAGAAUUUUGAAAUUUUGAAUUUGAAAAAUAGACAAUUAACUUGUGAAUCUUUAAUUAAAGAAUUAGAUGAAAUCAAGGUAAAUUUGGAAAGAGAUUUCAUUAAAUACAAAAAAGAAUACGAUCAAUUAAAAGAGAGUGCAGUAUAUAAAGAAACUGUAAAGAUGAAUAGCGAAAAAUCACCAGAAGAAAUUGAAUUCCUUUCUCAAUUAGCACAAGAAUAUAUUGAUAAUGAUACCUUUAGUGAAAAAACAAUUGUGACUAAAAUUCAAUUAUUAGAAGAUGAGUUAUCAAUUUUAUCAAGUGCUGAUAAAUCUUCAAUUGAAAAUUUAAAAACCAAAUUACAAGAAAUUGAAAGAGCUGAAAAAGAUUUACCAAUUUUUAAAAUUGAUAAAGAAAGAUUAGAUCGAAGAAUUUUAACAAUAAAAGAAGCUUGGGAAACUGAAUUAACUGAAUUAGUUGAUCAAAUUUCAAUUGCAUUUAAUCAAAGAUUUACAAAAGUUGCAAGUGAUGGUAGAGUUGAAUUGGGUAAAUCUGAAAGAUUUAAAGAUUGGAAAUUACAAAUUUUAGUUAAAUUUAGAGAACAAUCAGAAUUAAAAAUUUUGGAUCAUCAAUCUCAAUCAGGUGGUGAAAGAGCAGUUUCAACAAUUUUUUUUAUAAUGUCAUUACAAGGUUUAACUGAUGCUCCAUUUAGAAUAGUUGAUGAAAUUAAUCAAGGUAUGGAUCCAAAAAAUGAACAAAUGGCUCAUAAAUAUUUAGUACAUACUGCUUGUCAAAAUAAUAAAUCUCAAUAUUUCUUAGUUACACCAAAAUUAUUAACUGGAUUAUAUUAUCAUCCUGAUAUGGUUAUACAUUGUAUAUUUACGGGUCCAUUGAUUGAACCCAAUCAAGAAGGUAGAAAAUUUUUAGAUUUUGUUGGUAAAGCUGAAGCUGUACAAUAA